GGACAUCUCCUUAAGAGCCCAGAUCGGAGACCCCGCGCCUCCUGCGUGUCCCGGAAGGGAGGCAAACUGCCUAGACCGCCUGGUGGAGCAGGCGCCCCCCGAAUUAUCCAGAGCUUGCCCCUGCCCCUGGCGCCCCCGCGGCAACCCCUGGGACCCCAAGACCUCCGGCUGGGCGUUGCAGGAUGGCGAUGACAGAGUUGCUCAACGCUGAGGACAUCAAGAAGGCAAUAGGAGCCUUUGCGGCCGCGGAGUCCUUCGACCACAAAAAGUUCUUCCAAAUGGUGGGGCUGAAGAAGAAGAGCGUGGAGGACGUGAAGAAAGUGUUCCACAUCCUGGACAAAGACAAAAGCGGCUUCAUCGAGGAGGAAGAGCUGGGAUUCAUCCUGAAGGGCUUCUCCCCAGACGCCCGAGACCUGUCUGUGAAAGAAACCAAGACGCUGCUGGCUGCCGGCGACAAGGAUGGGGACGGCAAGAUCGGGGCGGACGAAUUCUCCACUCUGGUGUCUGAGAGCUAAGAGGUGCUGACUGCCUGCUGGGACCUUCCACCCCCACCCCGAAGCCCCCGUCACAGCCCCCCCUCCUGCGUUGCUGUUCGGUUUGUUUAUGUCAUUUUUUACUUUUCCGACCCCUGCGACCCUCAGGUGAACGCCCUCCCCACCACCCCCCAAUUAUUCUGAAAAAUGAUGGAGAGACAAUAAAGGCCAU